AUGAUUUUAAAUGAAAAAAUUUAUUGUAAAGUGAUUUUUAAGUUAAAAAUAUUUAAUAAAAUAAUAAUAGUAACAAAAAAAAAUAUGUAUGGAGUAAGGCAACUUGGACAACCAAAGGAACAACAAUUUCCUAAUGAUAGAAGUCGUUUACGUCGUACCUUCUUAGAAGAUCCUUUCUUUUCACAACAUCGUGGUUUUGAUAACAAUUUAAAUGGACGAUCAUUUGGUUCUAAUCCACGUCUUGUAGAUGAUGAUCAUUUUUUUGAAUCAUUUAACAAUGAUCAUUUUGCAUCACUUCCACGUCGUCCCACAAAAUCAUUUUCUGAAAUGAGACCUGGAAAUGUUUCUAGUAAUGGAGGUGAGUAUACCAGAAAUAUUCCUGUUAGAACAUCACCACGACCUAGUGAAGAUUUUCAACAACAGCAACAACAACAACAACAACAAAAUUUUUAUCCACAACAGGGACAACAACAUAAUAAUCAACAAUUUUUUCAACAAAAUCAACCUUCACAACCAGGUUAUUACCAAAAUCAGGGAUAUACAGUUCCACCACAAGAUUAUAUGCAGAAUCAAUAUAGAAAUUCUUAUAUGAAUAAUGAUACAAAAGGAAAGACAGUACCAAUAAAGAUAAAUAAAACUGCCUCUGUAUCAUCAAAUGAUUCUCAAAAUUCUGGUUCAUUAAAUAAUAAUGAAAAACCAAUUAAUAUAACACAACAAAAAGAUAAUACUAAUGAACAAGAGGGUGAUAAUAAGGAAAUUAAAAUUGAAAUUAAAAAUGAAUCAACAUUAGGAAAAUCAACUGAUCCACCUAAAGUACCUAGUAUUGUUGUUGAUGGUGUUUGUAUUAAUCCAAAUAUAUGUGUUUUAGAUAUUGAAGAGACACCCUCUGCCCAAAAUAAUAAAAAAAAAAGAACAAAAGCAGGGAGGAUGACUCGUGAAUCUAGUAUUAAUGAUUUCAAUUCAUCAAUUAUUGAUGUUUUAGAUGAUACAGAAGCAAGAGUAGAAAAAUUAAGAGAACAGGCAACAGCUUUAGAACAAGAAAAAGAACAAUUAUUAGAUAUUUUGAAACAUAUCAAAAUUAAUGUUGAUUUAUUAAAAGGUGAAGGUGACAAGGAGGAUGUUGAAGUUACAACAGCAAGAAUUUUAAAACGAUGUGAAGCUGUAACUGUCUCCGUCAAUACACCAAGAAAUCCAACACAAGCAAAGGCAUUGGCUGAGAUUAAUGAACUUGUUGAGAAAGCAUGUUUAAAAAUUUCAGAAAAUAUUGAGGAAGCUAGAGAAUGUUUAAAAAGAUAUUCUAAUGCUUGUAAUCAAGACAUUCCUGAUGGUGCUAUAGAUCAUAAAUUUGAAGCUAAAGUAAUUGAAUGUACAGCAGAUGAUCAGAAAAAAGUUAAGAAAAAGUUAGCCAAUAUAAUUAAACAAAUUGAUGUCAUUCAAAAGAUGAAAGAAAAAAAACAAAAUACAAUGGUGAAUAAGGAUGAAAAAAAUAUUAAUGAAAAUAUUCCUGAAGUUAAAGUAGAACAUGUAGAUACCAAUGAAUCAUAA